AUGGCUGAAGAAGAGAAACAAGCCGUUGUGGAUACCACCGAGAAGGUCGCUGAGCCUGUUGAACAGGUUGCUGCUCCAGAAGUGCCAGAGUCCACAGAAACCACCGAAGUGGAAAAAACUGAGGCUACCACUGAGCCUACUGAGACCACUGAGGCUGGUGAGUCCACCGAGAAGAAGAGAGAGCACGAAGGUGGUGACAAAAAGAAGAAGAAGAGAAGAAGAAACUAUGAUGAUGAGCCACCAAAGGAGGAAGCCAAGUCUGAAGACGAGGAAGAUAAGGAGGUAGAAGGCGAAGUUGAAGGUGAGGAGGAAAACGCCGAGGACGAGGAAGAGGACUUGUUGGAGAUCGACGAGUCCAACAUCAUCACCGGUGGUCGUAGAACCAGAGGUAAGGUGAUUGACUUCCAGAAGGCUGCCGAGGAGAACGACAUUCCUGAGGACGACGAGGACGACGGAGAGUUUGAAGCCAAGGACGAGGAGGAAGUUAAGGAAGAAGCCUAA